AUGAAGUCGUAUCCAUGGGGUCGGACUGCAUACGAAGUUCUCAUUGACUCUAUUAAAACGUUGGCUCCAGACAGGGGGUCAUACACAUUAAGCGGCCUAAAGGAUGCGUUAUUGAUUUGGGCGUAUGAAUCCAUCGUCUGCUUUGGCGAGUGUUUUGGGAGAGUGGUGAAUAAUGAAGACGUUCCACUUUUACGAUGGGGUGGAAAGCGUACUCGUGCAAAUUUCGAAAACUUGUUGUCUGCCGAGAUAAAACAACAUAGCCAGGUGCGUGUUAGGAGAAUGGUUUCGAAGGAGUCAAUCGAAGAGUUGUUUCCUGAAUGGUCGUGUCAACCUGACGACCCACAACUCGUUAACUUGAUAACAGACAUACAUGCAGGUAGAUUUGUAAAAGGUUUUUGGGAAGUGCAUGGAAAUGCGGAGGGGAAGGAUAACGAGAAGAAGAAGAAAGCUGAGCCACCCACUAAAAAGCAGAAUAAAGUUAAGACCAAUGAGGGUAAAGCUGCUGCAACGGGAAAGGGUUCAAGCGAAGAAGAAGGUAAUAAAGAUUCGGGGAACAACGCGAGUCUGAUGGCCAUUGCGAGUACUCUGGAUAAACUUUCCAGAAAAUUUGAUCUGAUGGACGCGCGAUUUAAAAAACCAUUGGUGGACCAGAAGUCGAUAGAUGACAUGGUGAAAGUUGCAGUGGAGGAGCGUCUGAAAGUUAUGGGGAUAGGAAAAAAUCCCCAAAACAAAGAUAACCUCUCAAACGUCGCCGCCGACCAACAACCUGAACCGUUGUCAUCACCGCAGCCUAAUACCCAGCAGAAGUCUGUCUGUAGUCCACUGUUAGCUGAAACCCCUGGAAAGGAUAUGGGACCUAGAAACAAUUUGUCCAACGAGCUUGAUAAGGAGAGAGGGAUGAAAAAAACUUUGGCUAAGGAGUUUGGAACACAUGCUGAAGAUGAGGGUGCUAAUGUUCUUGAUUUCCUAUAUGUUUCUCCUGCAAAGGCAACUAAGGCUGAAGACUUACGUCGCCGCUCCACGCGCAACCGUACUAUAAAGGAUGAGGAUGCAGAAGAUAAGAAAAAAGCUGUGCAAGCAGAGGCUGUGUUGAAGAGGAAGGAGAAAGCUGCCGCUAAGAGAAAAGCGGCUGCCUCAAUGAAGCAAAAACAGGCUGAGUUAACGAAUCAAGAACAUGCUGAGUUAAUGAAUGAAGAACUGGCUGAGUUAAAGAAUCAAGAAGCCGAUAAUGAGAAGAGAAAGAAUAUAACUACACCGCGUGCCAAUGUAAAAAGAUGCAAGGUUGAAGAUUCUGUAGAGGACAGUGAAUUUGCUGUAAUGACCGACGAAGUUCUUGCGGUGGAGAAUGAAAUCUUGCCGGAGUCGCCUAUGGAGAGUCAGGAAUUGAUUAGAUCUGCUAUAGUAAAGGAAUAUCGGGAGAAAACGGUUAAAUUAUCUCCACAAGGGUUUGCAUUGUCUGAAGUUCUUCAAGACCAGUUUUUCUGUACAUUGGAGACAAUGGAACGACAUGCAUGA